AUGUUGGCAUAUCAAUCGUUGACGAUGUAUUUUCUUCUUGUCUUUGCUCAACUCGUGUACUCUCUUUCGGUCGUCCCAAGCAUAUCCACCAUUCCAGCGGGGAUUCGAGCUUCUUGUCGAGUCACUUUGUCUAAAAAUGUAACUCAAUGCUCUGAUGAUUUUCUCAAGGUACUUAGCCACAUUCCUUCUUCCUCUCUGCCUGGAAUAUGCACAACCGAAUGCGAGACAGCGCUUUCAGAUCUUUAUACAGAGGCAUUCGCCAGAUGUGGAACUGACAGUGUCAACAUCACCUCCAAUGGAGAGGUUGUGGUCACCUACAGUCCAAUUGACAUUGUUGGCGAAGUCAGAUAUCGAUAUAACACUACAUGUCUCCAAGAUAAGUCUCCGUUUAAAGGCUUUUGUAAAGAAAGGCUUGAUGAUUUAUCUAAAGAUGAGCUCUGCUCAGAAUGCAAUUUGAAGUCAAUUCAACUCGAUAUCAAUCAGCCAAUCCCAGACUUUGAGAACAAUGCUGAAGAUUUCAACGAUUUGAAAGAGUCUUGUGGUAUCCCGACUACUUCUUAUCCUAUUAAUCCAACAAGUACAGCAACUGAACCAUCAGCAACAUCAACCUGCGCUAGCCCUUACACUGCCAGUGCAGGCGAUACAAUGAACACCAUUGCCAAAACUCUUUCUGCAUCUACAGAUCGUCUUCUAACAUACAAUGGAUUUCCUCUGGCCUUCAACGAUACCCUGGUGGCCGGAGAAAAGCUUUGCCUCGACCAUGUGUCCAAGUGCAUGAUUCACCAGGUGACAGACUCCGAUACAUGCGCAUCUCUCAAGAAAUUGGCUGGCACCACGGUCGAUGAGUUCAUGCUUCAGUCAUGGAACCCGACAAUUGGAACAUCAUGCUCUAAUAUCAAGACCAUGGUUGGAAAGUACAUAUGCAUUAGCCCUCCAGGUCAAGGUGGUCAAUUCACCCCGAUGGUUCCCUCAACCACUGCUCCCCCAUCAACAACACCAACGGACACAUACUCGUGGGGCACAGCACCAGACACUGUCACGAGCACAGUCAAUAUAACAACCACCUGGCUCUUCCCAACAGAUCCAAGCCUCAUCCCCACACAUACCGCGACUCUCCCUUCAAAUGAAGACACGGCGGCAAUGCAAGAGCGUUCGAAAUGGUGCCCUUUCACCAAUGAAGACAAUUCCACUAUAUGGGAUGCUGGACUCGGCGAUGAAGAGUAUCAUUUGCACUCGUGGGAUCUUGAUGUUGAAUGUAUCAAUGAGUCCUGGGACCCAUACUGUUAUCCAGAGCCUACGGAUCCAAUUCUUCCCAGUCCAACCGAUAUACCGUCUUCCUGCCUUCCGACUAUCACAAAGAUCAUUCCUCAUGGCUGGGUUGAUCCCCCCGGUCCCACAGAGUCGGGUGUUGCCGAAAUGUGCAACAAAUGGCAUAUUCUCAAGAAUAUGGAUACUUGCAAAAGUCUUUCAGUACAGUAUAAAAUCACAGAGGCUCAGCUGAAUGAGUAUAACCCCAGCAUCAAUGCCCAGUGCAGCAAUAUACGAGCUGGAUUUGCGAUAUGUGUUCGGGUAUGGGAUGAGGGUCCAACUACGACAACAGCCUCUUCAACAAUUACCGCGGGCCCCCCAGGUCCAACGGGAACUGGAACAAGUCCCAUAUGCAAGAAGUGGCAUUUAAUGACUGAUGGUGAAUCUUGUGACUCUAUCGCGACCAAAUAUGGCAUUCUAGUCAGCCGCUUCCGACAACUGAAUCGAAAUGUCGAUGCAUCUUGCAGUAAUCUGGUCAAAGGAAAUGCGUACUGCAAUCCUUCCAUUACCGCAAACUGUGGAAAUUUCCAGAAAGAUAAUUCCUAUUGCGUUGAAGCAUUUGGAGAGCCUGGGCCACAGCCAACAAGUACUACAACAACAACCUCUGCUGGUCCGCCAGGCCCGACUCAGCCAGGCCAGAUAGAGACAUGUAACCGAUGGGAUAUUGUUAAAGAUGGCGACACCUGCGAUACGUACACUAAGAAGUACGCAGGCCUCACUCGACAGAAUUUGGUCGACUGGAACAGUGAAAUUGGAAAUGUUUGUCAGUUCUUGUGGGUCGAUUAUUAUAUCUGUACGGGAGUCGAAGGAUGGACACCUACAGGUACCAUCACAAGUGGCAGCCCAACUGCCACCAAUGGCGUGACAACUCCAAGUCCUACCCAGCCUGGCAUGGUAAACAACUGCGAUGCGUUCUACAUUGUCAAGGAUGGAGAUGACUGCGCGUCCAUAGCGACCAAACACGGCAUUACCAAGGCACGGUUCCUGGAAUGGAAUACCGGCGUUGGUGCGGGCUGUUCGUCCCUCUGGCUGGAUUAUUAUGUUUGCGUGUCCAUCAUCGGUCACACUCCUUCAAACACCAUCUCAACACCUACUACAGCAACUCCGACGAACGGCGUCGUGACCCCAACGCCUACUCGUCCAGGCAUAGUCGGCAAUUGCGAUGCCUUCCACCUAGUCGUCGACGGAGAUACUUGCAGUGGUGUUGCACGUUCUGCUGGUAUCUCGCUGGCACAGCUUGUUGAGUACAAUCCCGAGAUCAAAUCGGAUUGUUCUGGUCUCUGGGCCGAUUAUUACAUCUGCGUCUCUAUCAUUGGUGUUGGCCCGACUGCUACCACAACCAAGCCCACGUCCCCAACUAAUGGAGUCACUACCCCAACUCCCAUCCGCCCCGGUAUGGUAGAUAACUGCGACGCAUUCCAUAUGGUCGUUGAUGGGGAUGAGUGUGGAACUAUUUCUCAUAGCUACGGUAUCUCAAUGUCUCAGUUCACUCAGUGGAACCCUGAGAUCAAGGCCGACUGCUCUGGGCUCUGGGCAGACUACUAUGUCUGCGUAUCUGUGAUAGGUGUCGAUCCCAAGCCUGUAACUACCACUACCACAACAACGACCGGAAACGGUAUCGCAACACCUAUCCCCACUCGGGCAGGCAUGGUUAGCAACUGCGAUAGUUUCUAUAUGGUCAAACCGGGCGACGAGUGUGGCAAGAUCGCUUCAGAUCACGGCAUCACAACGGACCAGCUAUACAAAUGGAACACAGAAAUUGGAUCAACUUGCGGUGGUCUGUGGCCUGACUAUUAUAUUUGCGUGAGCAUUGUCGGUGUUGACCCGAAGCCUUCGACGACUACGAAGGGUAACGGAGUUGCUACGCCUACACCUAUCCAAACGGGGAUGGUGACCAAUUGCAAGAAGUUCCACAAGGUUGUCAGUAAGGAAACCUGUGAGACAAUUGCUAAGGCAGCUGGAAUCACUGUCGACAAGUUUUAUGCCUGGAAUAAAGGAGUCGGAACGAACUGCAAGAAUCUUUGGCUCGAUAAUUAUGUUUGCAUUGGCUUGAUUUGA